AUGUCUUCCAAUAAAUCCUUAAAUGCACGCUAUUUGUUUUAUUUAGCUAAGUAUCCAUUAUUUACCAAGUCGAUCACGGCAGGUGUAUUAUCUGGGUUGAACGAAAUAAUUGCAUCAGUUUUGGCCAAGGACUACAAAUACACUAGAAUAGCAGAUCAUAGAAUAAAGCAUGUUAUAAGUCCAAAGAUUUUAACCAUGAUCAUAUAUGGUUCAUUAAUUCUGACUCCUAUAUCCCAUCAGUUGUAUGCUAUUUUGAACAAAAUUUACAAGGGCCCCAAUUUAUCCCCAAUUAUGAAAGUAGCUCAAAUAUUAACGUCGUUAUCGACGAUUACCCCAACAUUGGCGGCGGUAUUUGUUAGUUGGUUGUCUCUUAUAAAUAACUACACUUUACCUACAAAGAGCUUGAAUAUCACGCAAGAAAUAAAGAAGAUUGGAUCCAUUAUUAAGAAUGGAUUAAGGACAAGUUACUUGCCCAUUUUGAAAUCGUCUCUUGUUACAUCAACAUGUACAUUGAUCAUCGCUCAAAAGUUUAUUCAACCUGAAUUGUGGGUGGUUUUCUUCAACCUUGUAUUUUUUGUAAUGGGAACGGUUCAAAAUACCAAAUUGAAGAAACAACAGCAAAAGUUACUCAAGAAGAAGGAUGACUAG